AUGGCAAGCUCAGACAAGAAAACUAAAGGAAAGCGAAAAAUUGAGAUCAUUGAAAAUGCGGAUGAUUGGCUCAUCACAUUUUCAAAACGACGCACAGGAAUUUAUAAGAAAAUUUUUGAGCUCUCCACUUUAUGUGGUGGGGAGAUUCUUUUUAUUAUUUUCUCACCGGCUGGUAAACCUUAUUCGUUUGGUCAUCCUUCUGUUGAAUUUGUCGCUAAACGCUUUUCAAACGCAAGCCAACAUCUUGAGGAAACCACUGAUGCUCCUGUUGAGACUUACCGUAAGGAAAGAAUCAACUUGCUUGUACAACAUUUCAAUCAUGUCCAAGACCAACUAUGUGUAAUAAAAGAAAACAAAAAGGAGAUUGCUUUGGCCCAACGGUUACAUGGAACAAAAAUUCGUCAAUGGUGGAAAGCUCUCAUUGAUCAGCUUAACCUGAGGGAGCUCUACAAAUAA